AUGCCGCAGCUGGAAAUGCCAACGCCGGGAACGCAAACGCCGGUAAUGCCAACGCUGGAGCAGGAAACGCAAAGGCUGGCAAGAACAAGAACGCCGCCAACGGCGCUGCCAACAACGCCGGUAACAAUGCCGGCAACGCCAACAACAACAACAACGCUGGCAAUGCGGCUGAUGAAGAAGACGCUGCCGCUGGCAAUGCAGGCAACGCCGCCGAUGAGGAAGACGCCGCCGCUGGAAAUGGCAACGCUGCUGCCGAUGACGAGGAUGCUGCUGCCGGCAACGGAAACGCGAACGCAGGCAAUGCGAACGCUGGAGCUGGAAACGCAAAGGCCGGCAAGAACAAGAAUGCUGGCAACGCCAACAACAACGCCGGUAAUGCCGGCAAUGCCGCCGAUGAGGAGGACGCCGCGGCAGACAACGGAAACGCCGCUGAUGAAGAAGAUGCUGCCGCCGGCAACGGCAACGCUGCUGACGAGGACGCCGCUGCCGGUGGCGCCGCGAACAACGGGACUGCCAACGCCGGCGCUGCUGCCGGCGGUGCUGGUGCGGGCAAGGCUAACAAGGCGAGCAAGGCCAAGGCCUCUCGCAACGGCCGCUCUCUCAACCUCUACGCCGCGCGCAACAUUGCGCGCGGCCGUCCCUCCCGGCGCACGUAACUUCUCUUGGGGUGCUGAGGAGUCUGUCUUUCAUGCCGCUGCUGGUGGUAAAGGGGACUCUGAUGACCUAGACAAUCCCAAAGGCGCCGGUGAUGACUCUGAACAGACUGGUGGGCCAAAGGGCACAGGCAAAGGCAAGGGCAAGGGCAAGAACAGGUCGAAAGGCAAGUCUUCGUCGUAUUCGUCUAGGAAAGGCGACGAGGGCGGAAAUGGGCCUGGGAAGGGUGGCCGACCUGAUCGGUCUGGCGAUGGCCUCAGGGUGGAAGAAAGUCCCGCAAUGAUCGGUCGCCCUGAUGGUCCUGGGUCUGGGCUUGGAUUUGCUGAGUUGUCCGAGUUUUUUGAGAUUCGGUGUGAUGAGUGA